AUGGACCAAUGCUUGCAGGUCGCUUUGUUCGCCGGCACGGACGCGAUCGCCAGGCGGUCCAAUUUCAUCUUCUCGCCCCUGUCCAUGCGGACCGGGCUCGCGCUGCUCGCCACCGGCACCAACGGCAAAACGCUGAGCCAGCUGCUGGCCUUUUUGGGCUCCCAGGACCUCCACCUCCUCAACGCGGCCAGUGCCAGCCUCAUCGCCGAGAUGCGCGCGUGGCCGCAGCUCACCUUCGCCGCUGGCAUCUUCGCGGACAAAUCAUUCUCGCUGAGGCCGGAGUUCGUGUCCGCCGCCGCCUCCGCCCACCGGGCCUCCGUGAGAUCCGUGGACUUUCAGAACCAGCCAGCGGCAGCGGCGGCUGAGGUGAACGCUCUCAUCGCAGAGACCACGAGGGGCCGCAUCCGCGACCUCGUCUCCCCCGACUCGUUUAGAGGCGACCCCAAGAUCGUCCUCGCCAACGCCAUGCACUUCAAGGCCACCUGGGCCCGGAAGUUCGACCCGUCGGACACCGUCCGCCGCGACUUCCACCGCCUCGACGGCACGUCCGUGCGGGUGCCGUUCCUCUCCGCCCCCGGGAUGCAGUACGCCACCAGCUUCGACGACCUCGGCUUCAAGGUCCUCCAGUGCUUCUACAAGAUGGCGGGGCGCGACGGCAAGCUCGACCCCAAGGCGCCGCUCUUCUCCAUGCUCAUAUUCCUCCCGCACCGGCGCGACGGGCUCCGCGACCUCCUGCGGCUGGCGGUCACCGAGCCGGACUUCGUCAUGCGCUGCGCUCCCCGGCUCCAGCAGGUGGUCAACCCGUGCCUGCUCCCCAAGUUCAAGUUCUCCUUCCGGUUCGACGCCAUGGACGCGCUGCGCAGCCUCGGGCUCGCCGCGCCGUUCGACCCGCUGGCCGCCGACUUGUCGGGGGCGGUGUCGAACAUGCCCCGGGAAGGGCUCUACGUGUCGACCGUCGAGCAGAUGUGCGCCGUGGAGGUGGACGAGGAAGGCACGACGGCGGUAGCAGCGUUUUACGCACCUUCGAACCCGACCUAUAGCCCGUGUGAGCGCCCGCCGCCGCCGCCCAUGAGCUUCGUGGCGGACCACCCGUUCUUGUUCGCCAUCGUCGAGUAUGGCAAGGGCGAGGUUUUGUUCCUCGGCCACGUCGUGGACCCUUCCAGUUGA